UUUCCGUAUGGAAAAUUUAUUAGAGUUGUUUUGAAUACUUUUUAGCGUGGUUUCUUUGGAGUAGGAGCAUUGACAUCUCCUACUAGGGUUUUGGCUUGUCUCAAAAUUAUUUUGAAGGUUUCACUGCCGAAGAAUCUCCAUGGAUUUUUCACAGCUUAAUUCCUCUGAAAUGCAACAAUUCUACUCCCAAGAACAGCAAAUGGCCAUGGUUAAUGAAAUGGUGGCAAAGCUGACAAGCGCAUGCUGGGACAAAUGCAUCACUGGUACACCUGGAAGUAAGUUCAGUUCCAGUGAAUCUACUUGUCUUUCAAACUGUGCACAUCGUUAUCUCGAGAUGAGUAUCCUUAUCAUGAAAAAGUUUCAGAGUAUGCAAUGAAGACCAAAGGAUAUCAAUGUGCUUCCUCAGUUGAUAAGUCCGAUUUUAAAUUACAUUUCUUCCUAAUCAUAAUUUUCAGUAUAUCUGUUUAGCAAUUUGAGAGUUAAAUUUUAAUCAUUGCAAAUACUCUUAUUUUGCUAUAUGACAUCUCUGAAAUUAAGAAGUGUAUAGCUGUAUUCCCAUGAAGAGUAUGUUAGUAUGUGUAACUGUGAAGUUUGACGGAUGGAUGGAUUGAUAUGUUGUUCUACAUGAAACCAUAACUACAGUGUUCGUGUACUCAUUAUUAUUCCAGGACUGAUGAAUUUCACAUGAAUUAUGCAAUUACUGUAUUAAUUUGGUGAUUUUUCCAGUACUCAAAUAGUUGAUAUUGCCACUAA